GUUAUCCUCUCCGCUCAGAGUUGAAGUAGGUCGGCUGUGUUAUCGGGAAAGACUUUCGACUCUUCCGUCGGGAUCACUAUCUGCGGGCCGAAGAUAUCACUUUCCCAUCGGUGAGUAUUGAGACCGAUCCCGAGCGGGGAGAUCCGAUGUUGGCCGUGAGCCCCGAACUGAGGGCCAGGAAUUCAUUUGUUUCCCAACUAUCUGGGCUCGUCAGAAAUGUGUCAACUCCACUUAAUCUGCAUUGAACGAUCCAAACCAGGAGCCCAGGCUGUCUGUUUCUGCAGAAUUUAAAUGUAAGUCCCGCCGACAGGUCACGUGAGACUGUGUGCCGCAGAUUCGCCCCGCCCUCCGCUUUGUGAUGCAAGGUCACGUGGUGUGAUUUUGGCCACCGAGUCCCAUCAACUUCCCGAACUCGCCCCGCUUACAGAGGCUCCUCGCAUUUGUCCUGGAGCUUUCUGGCUGUUGUGUCUUCUCCCGGACUGUGCUGGGUGAGAAAGGAGAACGUCCCAGGUUGUGGGAAUCUUUGAUUUCACUGCCUGCUUUACCGAGGACUGAUCUGGAUCCAAAGGACUGUGCAGAUCCUCGCAGUUACCAUGCAAAGCGUGAAGUGUCCGGAUGGGAAAUUCUCUAUAGUGUGUUGAUAAAAAUUUGACCUGCAGUGAGAGAUUUAUUGGAAGAAAACUCACGACUGAAGACGAGGGAACAGCAACAUGUGAACCAGCCCGAGGAUUGAGAGCAUCAACUGGAGAGGACCCAUCUGACUCGGAGAUUCCAGUGAUUCAGUCAGGAGAAAGUUGUGUUAAAAACAAGAAGGAAUUUGUCUCCAGGAAGUUCAAACAUGGCACACCAGUUUGGUUGUUUCUGUCCAGAUAUUUAAGAAGUGGAGCAAGGGAUUCAAUCGAUCAUCCUUCCUGCUCAGACUGUGGGGAGGGAUUCACUCGGUCAUUUUACCAACUGGCACGCCCUUCAUUUUACACAGGAGAAAGUCUAUUCACCUGCUCAAAUAGAGGGAAUGGAUUCACUCGGUUAUCACAAUUGAAGGUACAUCAGCACAUUCACACUGGGCAAGGCCAUUCACCUGUUCUGUGUGUGAGAAAGGAAUCAGUCAGUCUUCCCACCUGUGGACACACCAGUCAGUUCACUCUGGGCAGAGGCUGGUGAUCUGCUGAAUAUCUGGGAAAGGAUUCACUCAGUCAUCUGACCUAAUGGCACACCAGCGUGUUCACACUGGGGAGAGGCUGUUCACCUGCUCAGAGUGUGGAAAGGGAUUCACUCGGUCAUCCACCUUACUGGUACAUCAGCGAGUUCACACUGGGGAGAAGCCGUACACCUGCUCAGUCUGUGGGAAGAGAUUCACUGAGUCAUCCACCUUACAGAAUCAUCAGCGAGUUCAUACUGGGGAGAAGCCGUUCACCUGCUCAGAAUGUGGGAAGGGAUUCAGACAGGUAUCCCAUCUACUGAGUCAUCAGCGAGUUCACACUGGGGAGAAGCCGUUCAUCUGCUCAGAAUGUGGGAAGAGAUUCGCUCACUCAUCCAACCUACUUAGUCAUCAGCGAGUUCACACUGGAGAGAGGCCAUUCACCUGCUCAGAGUGUGGGAAGGGAUUCACUCGGUCAUCUCAACUACUGACACACCAGCAAGUUCACACUGGGGAGUGGCCUUUCACCUGCUCAGAAUGUGGGAAGGGAUUCACUGAGUCAUACACCUUACUGGUACAUCAGCGAGUUCACACUGGGGAGAAGCCUUUCACCUGCUCAGAAUGUGGGAAGAGAUUCACUCAGUCAUCCAAUCUACAGAGACAUCAUCGAGUUCAAAUUGGGAAGAAGCCGUUCACCUGCUCAGAAUGUGGGAAGAGAUUCGCUCACUCAUCCAACCUACAGAGUCAUCAGCGAGUUCACACUGGGGAGAAGCCGUUCACUUGCUCAAACUGUGGGAAGAGAUUCACUCGGUUAGCUAACCUACAGAGACAUCAGCAAGUUCACACUGGGGAGAAGCCAUUCACCUGCUCGGUCUGUGGGAAAGGAUUCACUCAGUCAUCCCAAAUACUGGAACACAAGUCAGUUCAUAGUGGGGAGUGGCCAUUGUUAUGAAUCCCUAGGUUUCGGUUGAUAUGGACUGUCAUUUUAAGAGAGAUUAAGAAGGUGAAUCAGUCUGACUUGCAGCUUGUUUAGUUUUAACCGAGGACACAGACACUCAGAGUCAGACGGAGAGGGAUGAAAAAUGGAAGGAUUGAAACCAGGGAACUAGUGGCCAAGGGUCACUGUUUGGAACUUUCCUUUGCUCACAAGGGUGGGUUAAUUAUCCAUUCACCGUACAUCCAAUGUGUGGUUGUCACCUCAUUUAACCCAUAGGAGUGGAUCUGAUUUGGGAUAGACUGUGGAGACCACUUAUGUGUUAACCCUUGCCUGGGUGUGAUGUGGUUGUUCAUUUGAAGAUGAUGCCCCUCAUGACAAGUCACUUUCGGUGAUAAUUCGUAUGUGGAUUUGUAAAGAUGACGGAUAAAAUCUACAGCUACUGUUCUCUCAUUUUAACACUGUGGAACUUGUAGGACAGACAGACAGACAGAUGUACUUUAUUGAUCCUGAGGGAAAUUGAGUUUCGUUACAGCCGCACCAACCAAGAAUAUUGUUGAAAUAUAGCAAUAUAAAACCAUCAAUAAUUAAAUAAUAAUAAGUUAAUCUUUGCAAGUGGAAAUAAGUCCAGGGCCAGCCUAUUGGCUCAGGGUGUCUGACACUCCGAGGGAAGAUUAGAAAAGUUUGAUGGCCACAGGAAGGAAUGACUUCCUGUGAUGCUCAGUGUUACAUCUCGGUGGAAUGAAUCUCUGGCUGAAUGUAUUCCUGUGCCUAACCAGUACAUUAUGGAGCGGAUGGGAGUCAUUGUCCAACAUGGCAUGCAACUUGGACAGCAUUCUCU